GCGCCGUCGCCGUCAAAAAAUCGAAUCUCGUGGAUCGAGGCUGUCCUCCUAAUUCUCAUGUUGUAACUCGAGCUGGGUUUCCGUGUUCCAAUAUGGAUUUUGCCCACAGGACCAACACAACUUCGGUGGACACGGGUGAUUUGUUUCAGGCUCCCGUGACACUCGGUCUUGCUUCUAUUGUAGCAGCCGUCAUCAGUUUCGUGGCCUUCCUGUCACAUACCCCCAAUAUCGACAAGAGGUCUCCCGCCUUCACACCCGAACGAACCCUGUUUGUCGGCUCUUUGAACUUUCUCACGAAGCAAUGGCCGGGGAGCAGGUCCUUCUGGCAGAACGCCAAGGCUCGUUCGAAGACGGGAAACUUUAGUUUCUGGCUAGGCAGCUACCACGUUGUCGGCAUAAGCGGCGAGGCCGCGCGAAAGGUGUUUCUGGACCACCCUUGGCUUGACUUCUCCAGCGGUGCGGCUCUCCGGCCGCUCGGUGUGCAUUUUGUGCCACCGGUUCCGGAGAUCUUCCAUGCUGGUUUCCACAACGGUCGCAGCUAUUUUCUGCGGCGUCUACUCGACCUGCAGAAAACCGAGCACCUUAUCAAGUACCUCGGGCGCCUGACUACAGAUGCAAGAAACGGAUUUGAGGCCUUGGCCCGAGGACCAUCCUCCGUUACGGACCCCUCUGACGUCUGCUGGCGUAUCGUAUUCAAGCAAGACUGCCGCUUCAUGUGCACCGACGAGCUUGCCGAUGACCUCCCACUCCUGGGAAAGCUCUUGGGCUACGCAGAGAUUCUGCAAUCGACCAGCGCUCUCUAUAAUGUCCCUUUUUGGUGGCUGCCAUCCGUCUCUUACCUAAAACGCCGCUACGGGCGCUAUGGCUUGAGGAGCCACCUGAAGGCACUUCUCAACAGACGCGUGAAGAACAUGAAGCAGGGUGCCGAGCGCAGAGAGGACGCCAUGACCAUGCUGAUCGAGAAUGGCGACAGGAUGGACUGGGUCCUCGAGUUCUUGAUCAGCAUCCUGUUUAUCGCGCCUGCCAACUCGCGCAUCCUGACCGGCCACAUGCUGAAUCUCAUGGCCAUGCACCCGGACUGGCAGGAAAAGAUCUAUGCCGAGGUCAAGGCCGCCGCUGCGGCACGUGGGAAGAACAAGUCUGCGGCCACCUUGGCCGAGCAGCUCGACUCGCUGCCUCUUGAUGCCUGGGAGUCAUCAUUCCCUACCAUCGACAUCUGCUACAGGGAGGCAAUCCGCAUGUGGACCGCCUUCGCCAUGAUACGCCUCAACACAUCGGCGGAUGCUAUCCCUAUUCCCGGCACCGACGAGGUCAUCCCGGCAGGGAGCUACGUUUCGUACAACUCGACCGAAGUACACUACAACCCGGAGCUGUAUCCAAACCCGAGCAAGUACGACCCGGAACGCUUCCUCGAGACUCGCGAGGAGUUCAAGAAGCAAGUUUACGGUUUCGUUGGCUGGGGCCAGGGCCGUCACCCCUGCCCAGGAAUGCGCUGGGCAAAGCUGCAGCAAAACAUUAUCCUCGCAUAUGCCUUGGCUCAAUUCAAGUGGAGCAGUUGCGACGCCAACGGGGAGCCUAUGCUCCGGGAGGCACACAGGAAGCAACUAGACGACCCGCAUGCAACGUCCUUUACCAAGUAUUAUGUCAAAUAUGUGCCCAGGGAGUAGAGUAGAGCCGACGAAAGAGCCGACGACAUCAAGUCCAAAAGCUUUACUCGGGAGGUUUCCGGAGGAAUUGACCACGUCACAUUCUACUAGUAACUUUUGGGCGGGCAUGUUGAUGUACUGUACUACCUACCUUACUACUACGGGAAUGCGAGUUUCUGCAACUUCCAGUCACUGCCCACUGCAGAUACUUCGGUGAAUCUAGGUACAUGUACAUGUAGGUACCAUACAAGGUAGAAUCGGCGG